GGCCGUCAUAGUGGUCGUUUUCGUGUCGUUAAGACGCAUGCAAUUUGUUUUUAUAUUAUUUUUCCAAGUGAUUUCGGGCCUGGUGCUGCUCAUAAUUGUUAUUCAUUAUAUUUAUUAUAUAAUAAAUGCAAUUACCGGCGAAUUUCGAAAUUAUUCAGUGUCACGACGAAGACGAACGAGCACAACACCCACAAUAAGACGACCCAGCGCAGCGUUUGUCGACCCAGACCCAAUUGAAACAACAAAAGCGAUCAGAAUAACAGAGGGUUCAGAUCCCCUAAGGAAAUAUUGCCACACUCUUUCGACAGGAAAAGCAAUGCAAACAAACGAUGAUGCAAAGUUUAUUAAAAAACGCUGGAAAGGGGGCUGCAUUGAACCACAUCCCACGGAUAAGGCGCUAAUUGUCAAUUACCAGCUGGAGGCGACCGUCUUUGGAGAACCCAACAAUCCCAUGAUUGAGGAGAAAAAGAACUGUCAGAAAAUCAUACGCUUGCGUUCGCUGACUGCCAAAACGGAUCCAGCUGCCCUGGCUCGAGAAGUGGUGGACAAAUGUGAACUUAUACACAAAUCGCAGUUAAACGACGUGGAACAAAUUAUUUUCUAUCUAAAGAACCGCAAAGAUAAUACAAGCAAUGAUAUUGCAGACAAUCCACAUACAAAUAGCCGAAGAUCGGCGGCGCUGCACACAUCGCAAACGCGUUCUGCGGCACGAUCUCAUAGCAGCGUUGCGGCCAUACCAAGCAGUGGCAUGGGAACGGGCUCAAACGGGCCUACAACAGUACCCAUACCAACGGCGGAUGUGUCCAUUAACAACAUUGACGAGUAUGUGGAGCUGCUCUAUGAGGAGCUAAGUGAGCGAGUACGCGGUUCAGCCAUGAUACUGCAGAUGGCUCGCAAUCCCGAUAAUCUGGAAGAAUUGGAGAAAAAUGAGGCCUGCCUCAGCGCUUUGUCCCGGGUACUGCGCGAAGAUUGGCGUAAAAGCUUGGAUCUAUCCACGAACAUAAUAUAUAUAUUCUUUUGUUUCUCUACAUACACCAAGUUCCAUCCUCUUAUUGUGCAGUAUAAAAUAGGAUCGCUUUGCAUGGAUGUCAUCGACUAUGAGCUACGUCGUUACGAAACUAUGCGUAAUGAACUGGAUAUCCGCAAGCAGCCCAAUGGAUCGGCGCCAUUGUCGGCCAAGGCAAGCAAAGAGAAGCUGAAUCGUAGCACUGACGACGCCCUCGAUAUUAUGAACGAAGAGAAACCGAAGGAGAUGGAACCACCACGUCGCCGUAUACCAGAACUGAAACAGCGUCCCAAAUCGGGUAAUUGGAGCAGUUUUCAUGGAACCAUGUCCUCUUCGCUAAUAAGAAGUCAAAUACUCAACAGCAGCUAUCAUGAGGCGCUCUCUGCCGGGACUAAUUCAAAUUCUAAUGCAAAUGCUGUGGAACCCGUAUAUCCGGUUGAGUUGAAAGCGCAAAGCAACGAGUCUCUCGAUCAAAACGAUCCUAAAGUGAAGAAAGAAGAAAUUGAUCGACUGAACAAACAGCUUAAGAUAUUUGCCAAGAAACAAGAGCAAUUACUUCGCGUUGCCUUCUAUCUAUUGUUGAACAUGGCCGAGAACGUCAAACUAGAAGAGAAAAUGCGGCGAAAGAAUAUUGUUAAGAUGCUGGUUAAAGCGCUGGAUCGCCAAAACAUUGAUUUGCUUAUGUUGGUCAGCACGUUUCUGAAAAAGCUGUCCAUUGUUGGCGACAACAAGGAUGAGAUGUACGCCUUGAACAUUGUCUCGAAGCUACCGCGUCUCUUUCAAAAUGCGCACACAGAUCUGGUGCAGGUUACACUUAAGCUAGUCUUCAAUUUGUCGUUCGAUGCAACGCUUCGACGGAAAAUGGUUGGUGCUGGCUAUCUGCCAAUGCUGGUUAUGUUUAUAAACGAUGAGAAGCAUCACGGCAUUGCCGUCAAAAUACUGUACCACAUGAGCCUCGACGACAAGGUCAAGUCGAUGUUCACGCACACGGAGUGCGUACAAAUGGCCACGGAUGCCAUUAUAGUGAAUCUCAAUGUAAAAGUCGAUUUGGAUCUCAUAGCGCUCUGCAUCAAUUUAUCAUUGAAUCGACGCAAUGCACAGAUUAUGGUUGAAGGCCAGCGGCUGCACAGUCUCAUGGAUCGCGCCUUCAAAUAUCAGGAUGCACUAUUGAUGAAACUACUGCGCAAUCUAUCACAGCACGAGUCGCUUCAACUACAAUUCAUCGACUACGUGGGCGACCUGGCCCGCAUUCUGGCCAUCUGCGAUGAUGAGUCAUUCAUUGUGGAGUGUUUGGGUAUAUUAGGCAAUCUAGCGUUGACUGACUUGGACUACUCGCAAAUACUACAGAAUUUUCAAUUAAUACCCUGGAUACGACAACUGCUGGUGCCCUGCGCUAGGAUGGACGAUCUGGUGCUCGACACUAUCGUCUAUCUGGGCACCUGCGCCUGUGAUGAGCUUUGUGCGCUCCUCUUUUGUCGUGCCAAGGUCGUAAUAUCGCUGAUUGAAUUGCUAAAGGCCAAGCAGGAGGAUGAUGAGAUUGUUCUGCAGAUCAUUUAUGUAUUCCAGCAAAUUCUGCGUCACGAAAGCACACGCGAGUAUAUGAUCAAGGAAACCGAAUCGCCAGCCUAUCUCAUUGAUCUUAUGCAUGACAAGAAUGAAGAGAUUCGGAAGGUAUGCGACUAUUGUCUCGACAUCAUUGCAAUUAGCGAUAGCGAAUGGGCCAAGCGUAUCAAGCUUGAAAAGUUCCGUAAUCACAACUCCCAGUGGCUGUGCAUGGUUGAGUCACAGCAGGAUCGCGACAAUGAACAAGACUACGUAGACAAUAGUGAAAACGAUAAUGAUAUAGACACGUAUAUACGAUCUGAGUACUUAGACAAUUGCGAUCUCUACAACAGCUCGAACAUCAACGAGGCCGACAACGACACGAACAGCAACAAUAGCAACAAUCCAGGCAGUCCUGCCAUGUCCACCUACGGCCGGCCUGUUAGCACCUACCGGCGCAGUCAGGAUCUUGAUGAACUAUACAACAUGACCUCAAGCUCCAAGUCACAAGGCUCCAGCCAAGGCGGCAAUGAUAGCAGUUAUAGGUUUAAGUCCAACAAGUCGCUAGACGCUGAGGGCUUACAUGAUGAGCUGGCAUAGUCAGAUAGAUGUUAAUGUCACCGUAAAUGACUUUAAUUACAUCGCGAAAUUCGACAGCAUGAUAAUUAGAAAGAGUUACGUUAUUUAAGCUUCUAGUUUCACGGCGAUUAUGUGUAGUAGUUGUAUAAUACAUGUAUGCUGACCUAUUCUCUUGCAUACAUAAAUACAUACAUACAUACCAUACAUAUAUAUAUAAUAUAUUUUCACGCUUAUUAGUCAAAGAUGUUACAUAAUUACAUAUAUCGACGAGACAGCUUUGUACUCAAGUCACUUGCAAACAUUUGCGCACAGGCUACAUGUGUAUUACUUAUAGAUGCCUUGUAUUAUUGUUUUAAUUGUUUAGUUUGUUCUAUUGUGUUUGAAUGUGCAAUAAUAGUACGAAAAGUAUUAGAAUUAUUUUUUUAUUAUUUUAUUUAUUUAAUUUGUAACAAAUAAAUAUGAAUACAACAAAUUCAA